GGUGGUGACAUAAUGAUAUCCACCACUACCUUUGCUCUCCUUCUCAGCACACUUUUAGGUUCUUGCCAUGCGGGUGGAAAACUUUUAGUGUUUCUCAUUGAUGGACUUCGUUAUGACUAUCUGGAUGAUUUGGGAAGUUUGCCAGGCUUCCGGGCAUUUGUAGAAAAUGGGGUGAAGGUGGAAUACAUGACCCCAGAAUUCCCAAGUUUGUCCUAUCCAAACUACUACUCUCUCAUGACAGGCCGAAACACAGAGGAGCAUGACAUGACGGGGAACUACAUGUGGGACAUGGAGUCUGACAAGGAGUUCCUGAUGGGCACCAACGUGGACAGCCGCCUGCCCCUGUGGUGGAACGGAUCAGAACCGAUCUGGGUCACCAUGGAGAAACUGCAGAGGAAGGUCCACAUGUACCACUGGCCAGGUUGUGAGGUAGAGAUCCUUGGAGUGAGGCCCUCCCUCUGUGUGCCGUACUUUCAAAAUGCCUCUGAGAAGAAUUUCACGGACGCCGUGGAGCAGGCCCUGGAUGCAUUCAUCCAAGACCAAGCAGACAUGGCGGCAGUGUACUUUGAGAAGGUGGAUGCAGUGGGACACUAUUUUGGGCCCAAUUCCAUACAGAGGCUGGGAACUGUCCUUGCAUUGGAUGCAGCCAUGCAAUUAAUCAACAAGACUAUUGUGGCAAAAAACAUGAGGGAAAAUCUCAACAUAGUCAUGUUCUCCGACCACGGCAUGUCCGAGAUCACAAACCUCAUCGAACUGGACAAACACAUCAACCUCACUGACCUCAUCAAGGUGCUGGACGUUGGGCCGGUUGUGAGCCUGUGGCCAAAGCCAUCGAAGUUCGAAGAGAUAUUCACAGUUCUCAGUGCCGUGGGCAACAUGACAACUUACCGCAAAACCCAAAUUCCUGAUCGAUUCCACUACAAAGAGGGGAGGUUUGUCUCCACACUGACCCUUGUGGCCAACCAAGGCUGGAUCAUCACACCAAGCAUAUCUUACCUACCUUUACCAGCGAACAUCACCGGGGACAGGAAGUAUGGUGCACACGGCUAUGACAACACGCUCACAGAGAUGAGGGGAAUCUUUGUGGCAAAAGGCCCAGAUUUCAAGAGCAACUUUACUGCCAAGCCAAUCAGAGCUGUGGAUGCCUAUAAUGUCAUGUGUCGCUCCCUGGACAUCAAGCCCCUGCCCAAUAACGGCUCCAUGAAGCGGGUUCAGGACAUGUUCAUCAGCACCUCAUCCUGUAGCACAUGUUUAACCCAGCAAAGGUGUGUCCUGAUGCUGUUGCUACUGGUGUUGGGCUUUCUCCUGUAGGCAGGGUUGGAUUAAGAUGACCAUGGCCCUAUUUUUUGCUCUCUCUUUCUUCUUCUUCUUCUUUCCUCUUCUUAGCUAAGUGCUUUUUUAAUUCUUUUUGUCUUUUUUUUGCCCUGUAACUACCCUUGCAGACUCUUGGACUGAAAUGAUGGUCUCAAAGGAUUAUAUGGACUGAAGGGACUAUAUGGGCUAUAUGACUACUGUAUAUGCACCAGAGCUUGUUAUGAAUGUAAACGUCUAACCCCCACUAAAAUAAAUAAAAGCAAUAUAAAGUUGAUCACAAAAAAAAGAUGACCAUGGCCCCCCAGAGCACAGGUUGCAGUAGGCCCCCACUGAAAGGAAAUUCUGUGACAAAUUGGGUACAGUAGUAGGGAAUGUUGUAAUUCUGAGCCAGAAAUGAAGGGUGACCGCUAAACUGUUUUCAGGGCGGCCAGAAUGGUAGUGGUGCCCGCUCCCUCACUGGUUGUGUUUGGAAAUUGAGUGCUUACAUGCCAACCGCCUGUAUUCCUACCGGGAUCUGGACUUUUCCACACGUGACCAUGUGUUAGACCAAUGGUUCUCAAACUUUUUUGAACAAGCGCCCCCUUGACCUCAUCAUAAGCCCCCCACUCAUAAAUUGUUAAAUCAAUUAG